AUGGAUCCCAACUUUAAUUUUCCUCAGAACAUGACGAUCAACGUCCUAUGGAGAGGAGGAAUAUACAGUGGCCAGAUUCCCGUCCCGGCAAGAAUUUUCGAAGUGAAACUAUUCAUUUCCGAAGUGCUUCACCUCCCAAUCCGACCAGACAAGCAAGACCUGACAUGGGGAAUGCAAUUCCUAAGGGAUGAACUGACUCUGCAAGACUAUCAAAUUCCUCCCUAUGGUACCAUUAUUGUCCUUCAAAAAAUUAGAGUCACGAUCUACGACCCAGAGGGUGGUGGGGUUUAUUAUGAGCACAUAGUUUAUGAUGGUGUUUAUGUAAGUGAGUUGAAGGCGAAACUUCACACAGAUUUAGGUGUUGUCGUCGAAAAUAAGGUACUCCGAAUGGGGAAUACUGAUCUUAAUGAUCAUGCUCUACUGUGGGUUGCUGGAGUUGAGGAUGGAGCUACGUUAUAUCUCGUUGAGUGUCAUAUUGGGUAA